UCACGUUAAAGCGCCGGAAGUGCUUCAGCGUUCAAUGAGCUCCAUCAGCACAUCUGAGCUGCAGUCAGAGGAAAAUACCUGUGUAACACACCUGAAUUUAACCUGUGAUUAUUUAGACAAACACACAAAUGUACACAACAACUGUAGGACGUAAAAAGAGAAGAAAGUCAGUUUUUUAGUCGUGUUUUCUGGCUGUUAGCCUGUUUUUACUGUCGUCACUUCCUGCUUUUAAAUAUCGCGGCUACAGAAGGACAGAUGGAGAUACAAGGAGCUACUGAACCGAUGACUCUGGGCUCUCCCACCUCUCCUAAACCAACAUCUGGAGCUCAGUUUCUGCCUGGGUUCCUUAUGGGUGACCUGCCUGCUCCUGCCACCCCACAGCCCCGCCCCUUCAGCCUGGCCACACCCACUGCAGAGAGCACAAGUGCAAGUCGAGGAGGAGGUUCUGCCCUGAAGCCCWUCGUUCCCACGCCUAAAGAUAAGAGUGGAGCUCCUCCUGUUAGGAGCAUCUACGAUGACCUGGUCUCAGUGGGGACCCCCCUCAGUGCUCACAGACAGUCGUUUCCUGUGAUGCAGUCUCCUGUUUCUGUACGACUGGCCUCAUCUCCAGGACCAGGUGUGCAGCAGGUGUGUCUGUCUCCGGCUCAGAUUGAUCCUUUCUACAGUCAGGGAGAGUCUCUGUCCUCUGAGGACCAGCUGGAUCAGACCUGGGUCACUGUGUUUGGGUAUCCUGUCAGAACUGAUGGACCUGUUCUUGUACAGAUGGCGUGUCCUGGGAACUGGAUGCACCUGCAGUACCAGUCCAAACUGCAGGCGAGGAAAGCCCUGUCCAAAGAUGGCAAAGUGUUUGGUGACUGCAUCAUGGUGGGAGUUAAACCCUGUAUAGACAAGAGUGUGAUGAGCAGCUGUGAGGCCGUGUCUCCUCCUCCUCUGUCCUCCUCCUCUGUCCUCCCCUCUCCUUGCUCUGCCAUCAGGCCGCUCAGCACCUCCACCUACAGGAGCUCCAGCAGUGAAUAUGAGGUGGUGGCAGACACACACACGCCCAGGAAGGACAACAGCUUGGUGUCUAAAGCCAUGGAGUACAUGUUUGGUUGGUGAGCCCACAGCUGAACCCUGCAGUGUCUGAGAACAGAGGACCUGCUGUCUGCUUUUACAACCAGUGUUUUUAUUCUUUGUCUCUGAAUAAAGUUGGUCUUUUCUUUAAUUACCUGUUCCAUGUUGUUUCCUCAGCAGCACACAGUGUUUCUGUUCUCACAUGCARUAAUGUAAUACUGACAUACUGUAUUUUCACUUCCUCCCAUUUCAACACAAACUCUUUAAUCUGACAGAUUUUUAACCUGAAAACCAUGUUUGUUUUUAUCACAGUUUAGAUAUUUAAUGAGCUGCUGACUGAUAUGAAGUUAGUUUGUUUCUGGUUUCUGAUGAACAGCCCUGACCUGCUGGACUGCUCCAGGCUGCUGAGCUCUGCUCCUUUGUCUUCUGGAAGCUGAGUUCAGUUUGAACUGGUUUUUAAGACCAGAACCACCAACCAUCUGGUUCCAUGAGGAGGUGACCUUUCAGCACAUUACUCAUGGAGGUCGGUGUUUUCACAACAAAAACAACAGAACUUGGUCCAAAUCAAAACUACCCCAGGAAAACUGUUUUCUGUUUAAACCAGUAAAUACAUUAUUUUAUACAGGAAAUAUUUUUGUGUCUUUAUAAAACAACCAAACCUAACUUUUUUCAAAUUUAAUCCAAAGAUUUUAAUGUUCUAAGAUUUUAAUCUUGUAAAUGACUUUUUUUUCUUUUUCAUUUUUGUAACGGUCAAUAAAGAUUAUAAUUGUA